AUGAUGGGAUUCAACAAAAGUGCCCCUGUUGGAAUAUGUGCAAUGUAUUGUGUUUUUUGCUGCUACGUUUUGGCUAGCCCAUUUAUUCUGUUGGCGAACGUUCAAGUAAAGAGGGCUCGCUUCUUUUUCCUGUUUGGAUCCUGCAAACUGCGUCCGUUGGCGGUGAUAAGAUGGCCACUGUGCAGGGGCAACAGAAAAAAGCAGACAAAAGAAAAACAAACUUUUGGGUACUGUCCUUCAUACAGUCGGUUUCGGGUCAGGGUUUUACCGAACUCCAGCCAAAGUGUACGCCGGGUCUUCGCAUACGUCUUUUACCGGUUCAGCCUCUCGCUUAGCCCAAUCUCCUAUCUUGACACAGAGGCGUGCGUGCCUUUCGUUUCCCUUUUCUUUUUUUUUCUCUUCAUUUUUCCGGCUGCAGCUGGGCCAAACGUUCUGCCGAAAUCCGCCCAGAACUUUCUUGUAACUCCCCUCAACCCGACGAUCUGGAGUCACGUGUGUUAUAGCCGCACGCUGCCCGUCUUCAUUUCCUAA